AUGUCUGAUAGCAAGUCCCAAACAAAUGCGGCACCAGAAGCAGCAGCAAACGAUGUCUAUCGAGGUCCAGAAACAAAGGGCUGGUGGCGAGAGCUAUGUUGUAUCCCGCUACGAAUGGAUUCUAGACUAGCUGUUGUCACCGGCGCUAACUCUGGGAUAGGUCUUUCGGUGACGGGGGAACUAGCAAGGCGCGGGGCAACUGUGAUUAUGGCGUGCCGAGAUAUAUCCAAAGCUCAGUCUGCCAAAGAUUCGCUGUUACGAAUGUACGGCGCGGAGAAUCCAGAAAGCACAAAAACUGAUGUGGUGGAUGAGACGAUAAGCUCAAUAUUGUCUCCCAUUCAAGAUGAACAGCUUCGCCUGGAACAACUUGACCUUUCCUCGUUUGAAUCGAUCAGAAACUUUGUUGAACGCUUUAUCAAAACCAACGAACCACUGGACUAUUUGAUCAACAACGCCGCUAUAAUCAGUCGUACUUAUGAGAAGUCAGUAGAUGGACAGGAAUUGCAACUCGCUGUCAACUAUCUUGGACCGGUCCUUCUUACCGAAUUACUUUUGCCGAGCUUGAAGAAAUCUCCGAAAGGGAGAAUAGUCAACAUGACUGAUGCGCUGCACUACCUUGGCAAUCUGCACAAACCUACACUGCAUCUUUCGGGUUCGAGUUACGGUCCGUAUGUUGCCUACAACCAGUCCAAACUAGCUUUGACCAUGUACACAGUUGAGCUGGCCAGACGCCUUGAGGGCACCAGUGUUAUUCCUGUGUCAGUCUACCCUGGCCCGGUCAAUACAGCAUUCCAAAAAAGUUCGAAUUCCACAUUAGAACUUCGCCUGGAACAACUUGACCUUUCCUCGUUUGAAUCGAUCAGAAACUUUGUUGAACGCUUUAUCAAAACCAACGAACCACUGGACUAUUUGAUCAACAACGCCGCUAUAAUCAGUCGUACUUAUGAGAAGUCAGUAGAUGGACAGGAAUUGCAACUCGCUGUCAACUAUCUUGGACCGGUCCUUCUUACCGAAUUACUUUUGCCGAGCUUGAAGAAAUCUCCGAAAGGGAGAAUAGUCAACAUGACUGAUGCGCUGCACUACCUUGGCAAUCUGCACAAACCUACACUGCAUCUUUCGGGUUCGAGUUACGGUCCGUAUGUUGCCUACAACCAGUCCAAACUAGCUUUGACCAUGUACACAGUUGAGCUGGCCAGACGCCUUGAGGGCACCAGUGUUAUUCCUGUGUCUGUCUACCCUGGCCCGGUCAAUACAGCAUUCCAAAAAAGUUCGAAUUCCACAUUAGAAAAAAUGUACACGGCCUUGACUAUGCCGCAACGCAUUUCACCUUGGGAAGCCGCUCAGCAGGUGAUCCACGCACUACUUCGACGGAGACUCAUCCCCGGCGGGUAUUACGAUCGGUACGACAGAGGAUUUCCUGAUCGCUUGGCCUUAACACAGCUGGAGCGCACUUGGCUUUGGGAUAAGACGAAAGAAAUAUUGCAGUUGAAAGAAUAGUCCGGUGUUUUGGCUAACAGUUUAACGCCAAUUGUGUUGUCACAUCUGUUGUGCAAAUACAGG